CUGAGAUCGCAGGCUCCAGGGAAGCAGGCUUCACUUCCGGGAGGCUGUCAGGGGCGGCUGCGCGUGUUGCCAUAGCGACCGUUUUACGUUAACUGGUUUGUAGGUUUCGUCCAGGUAGCAGGGGGGCACUGCGGGGACCACUCUUUCUUCUCCCAUUCUGUCUCGGCUCCCUGCGGCCCAAGAGCCUUACGCAGGCUCCGGGGGUCUGGCCUACGGUUCCGCGGCGCCCCGCAGAGCGGGAUGGCUGCGGAGGAAGAGGAUGAGGUGGAAUGGGUAGUGGAGAGCAUCGCUGGGUUCCUGCGAGGCCCGGACUGGUCCAUCCCCAUCUUGGACUUUGUGGAGCAGAAAUGUGAAGUUUUUGAUGAUGAAGAAGAAAGCAAAUUGACCUAUACAGAGAUUCAUCAGGAAUACAAAGAACUAGUUGAAAAGCUGCUGGAAAGUUACCUCAAAGAAAUUGGAAUUAAUGAAGAUCAAUUUCAAGAAGCAUGCACUUCUCCUCUUGCAAAGACCCGUACAUCACAGGCCAUUUUGCAACCUGUGUUGGCAGCAGAAGAUUUUACUAUCUUUAAAGCAAUGAUGGUCCAGAAAAACAUUGAAAUGCAGCUGCAAGCCAUUCGAAUAAUUCAAGAGAGAAAUGGUGUAUUACCUGACUGCCUAACAGAUGGUUCUGAUAUGGUCAGUGACCUUGAACAGGAAGAGAUGAAAAUCCUGAGGGAAGUUCUUAGAAAAUCAAAAGAGGAAUAUGACCAGGAGGAAGAAAGGAAGAGUAAAAAGCAGUUAGCAGAGGCUAAAACAGAAGAGCCUCCAGUGCAUGCUAAUGAAACUGCAAACAUGAAGAAUUCCCAAGGAGAUGGUGAACAUUUUGCACACCCACCCUCAGAAGUUAAAGUGCAUUUUGCUAAUCAGUUGGUACAACCUUUGGCAAGAAAGCUGGAAACGCUGCCUGAAACUUCCUCCUUCCCACAAAAAGGCCUGAAGACUCCUGGCUUAGAACAUGCAAGCAUUGAAGGACCAAUAGCAAAUUUAUCAACACUUGGAACAGAGGAGCUCCGACUACGAGAGCGCUACCUCAAGCAGAAGAGAGAUAGAUUGAUGUCCAUGAGAAAGGAUAUGAGGACUAAGCGGAUACAAAAUUCCGAGCAGAAAGGAAAACCUGCUGGGGAGGUGGAGGAAAUGACAGAGAAACCAGAAAUGACAGCAGAGGAGAAGCAAACAUUACUAAAGAGGAGAUUGCUUGCAGAGAAACUUAAAGAAGAAGUUAUUAAUAAGUAAUUUUAAAACGAUUUAGCAAAACAAGUUCAAAUUUUCUUAAAAAUAAAUUAUUUAAUCCUUAAAC